CCAAGACGAUCUUGAAGCUCCAAAGCCCAGCACCAGUUCGGCGAGAAGAUCAGGCGGCUUCCUCGCCUUCACCAAAGUGGUCAGGGGGAAGCAGCUCUGCAACCCAUGCAGCUGGAACAUGGCGGCGGAUCAGAAGGAAUCAUCAGCACAUAAUGAACCAGCCGGAAAAGAACUAACCAGAGUCUUCUCGGAGGACUACGAAGUGGUGGAGAAGACGAUUCUGGAUCCCCGAGGCCCCGUCGUGAACCAGUGGAACAAAUGCCUCUUCGUCGCCUGCCUGGUUUCUCUCUUCGUGGACCCCUUGUUCUUGUACUUGCCCGUCGUCGGAGAAGACGAGUGCAUUCAGAUCAAUGUGGCGAUGGAGGUGACGCUCACCGCCAUCCGAUCGAUGGUCGACUUACUUUACACGAUCCAGAUCUUCGUGAGGUUCCGGACGGCCUACGUUUCUCCUUCGUCUAGGGUUAUCGGGAGAGGAGAACUGGUUAUAGACCCUUCCAAGAUCGCCUCUAGGUAUCUCCACAAAGACUUCUGGCUCGACUUGCUGGCUGCUGUACCCCUGCCUCAGUUGCUGGCCUGGGCUGCAGUGCCGUACUUGAGGGGUACAAAUCUGAUAAACUUAAAGAUCUUCCUCCGCCUCACUGUCAUCAUCCAGUUCCUCCUUCGCCUGUACCUCAUCUUCCCUCUCUCUUCUCAAAUAAUCAAGGCCACCGGCGUCGUCAUGGAGAGAGCUUGGGCGGGAGCAGCUUACAAUCUCAUGCUCUUCUUGCUUGCCAGCCAUGUUCUAGGUGCGAGUUGGCACCUUCUUGCGAUAGAGCGGCAAGCCGGGUGCUGGAAGGAAGCUUGCGGCCAUAACGAAGAGAGCUGCGAGGCCUGGUUUUUCGACUGUGGAAGAGUGGAUGAUUCGAGCAGAGCUGCUUGGUUCAGAUCCAGCAAUAUCUCUCACCUCUGUGAUCCCAAAGCCGAUCUCUUCCAGUUUGGGAUUUAUGCUGAAGCUGUGAUCCUUGGUGUCACCAAGUCUAGAUUCUUGAACAAGUACCUCUACUGCCUUUGGUGGGGAUUAAGGGGCCUAAGCUCUCUAGGGCAGAAUCUCUAUCCUAGCAUCUGUGUUGGAGAAAUUAAUUUCACCCUCAUCAUUGCCAUUCUUGGGCUUCUGUUUUUCGCAUUGCUUAUUGGGAAUAUGCAGGCAUACCUUCAGUCGACAAGGAUGAGGCUGGAAGAAUAUAGAAUCAAGAAGACCGAUACAGAACAGUGGAUGCACCAUCGACAAUUGCCACAUGAACUGAGAGAGCGAGUUCGAUGCUAUGAUCAGAAAAGAUGGGUCACCACUCGCGGAGUCGACGAAGAAGCCAUCCUCAGAGGCCUUCCCUUGGAUCUCCGGAGAGACAUCAAGCGACACCUUUGCCUUAGUCUAGUUCGUCGGGUUCCUCUGUUUGAUCAGAUGGAAGAACACAUUCUCGACGCCAUAUGCGAGAGGCUGAAGCCGGUGCUCUGCACGCCGGGAACUUGUCUGGUCCGGGAAGGCGACCCCGUCGGCGAGAUGCUCUUCAUCAUUCGGGGCCAUCUGGAUUCCUACACCACCGGCGGCGGCCGGACCGGCUUCUUCAACUCCUCCCGGCUCGGCCCCUGCGACUUCUGCGGCGAGGAGCUUCUGACGUGGGCCUUGGACCCCCGUCAGGGGGUCCUUCUCCCGUCGUCUACCCGCACCGUGAAGGCCCUCUCCGACGUCGAAGCCUUUGCGCUCAUUUCGGAGGACCUCAAGUUCGUGGCGACGAAGUUCCGGCGGCUGCACAGUAAGCAGCUUAAGCACACUUUCAGGCUUCACUCUCACCAGUGGAGGACCUGGGCUGCGUGUUUUAUACAGGCGGCGUGGUUCCGCUACAAGCGGCUGCGACAGGCUGCGGCGCUCAAGUCCAGGGAGUGCUCGCAGCGGCCCUCAGCGGCUGAGCCACCUGCAGAUAUUCAAACGGGCACGUUUGCAAGAAAGAGCAUGCGUGUGGGGAGCCGAAGCUGCGAGUUUGAUCUCUCGACCACGUUGCAGAAGCCAUUGGAACCCAUCUUUUCGUUUGAGAAUAGGUGA